UUUUUUUUUUUUUUUUUUUUUUGCUUUUCAGUAAUGAAUCCCAUAUACCAUUCUAAACUUUUAUCAUUUAUAAAGCAAGAAAGUGAAUCUAUUCGUUUAUCUUAUAAUGGCACAACUGAAUUGACUACCGAUGAAAAGCGUGAAUUAUUGAUUCAGUGGUUAGAAAAUGAUCCUCGUUUUCUUUUAGAUCAAAUUGGGUCCUUUCUACCUCAAGAUCUAGCCAGUUGUUUAGACAGUGAUAUACGACAAGAACAACAAGAAAACGACAAAGCAAGUGAAGGACAAUCAGUAAACAAUACAAGGAUAAUUUCUGCAGCCACUCGACACAAUCGACGUUAUCAUUAUCUUGUGCAUCAUUUACGACCUUCUGGUUACUUUUCUGAACAUGCCAUUCAAUUACGAGCACCCUCUUUAUACGAAGAAUACAUUGGUCAAUAUAUCCCUGACGAAGAACGCUAUGCACCAUUUGAAGAUGAUAUGACUUUGGUUGAUCGAGUAUAUCAUAGUAUGGAUCGACGGUAUGUACAAGAUCAAUGGGAACGAAAGAAGCGAUCAGAAGAAGAACAGUAUGAAGAACAAGAUGACGACGACGAACCAACUCCAUUGACAGAACAUCCUACGAAUCGAUUAGAAGAAGCAAGACAACAACAAAAAGAAGAAUUAAUUCGAUUACUUGAAGAACAAUGGAUGGAUGGUCUGGAUGAUCAGUUUGAUUAUACAGUGGUAGAUAAUGACGAUACAUAUGAUGACCUAGGACAACAAAAUCAAGAUUUACAAGAUCGAUACUUUGAUGAAGAAGUAGAAGAGAACCAAGGCGGUCCAAACAAUGAUACUGGUAUCCUAGAUUAUUAGUCCCCUUCAUUAUUGUAUUAUAUCCUCUCUAUGUAUAUACCCUGUUUAUUUUGAAUAAAACAUUUUGCCUAUUUAUUCUUA